AUGGGGAAGCCCAAGCAGCAGCAGCACAGAUAUCCACCAUAUACUCUUCUGAAAGCAGCCCAAGACGUCAAGUGGCAAAGUGGCUCACAAUCUGUUAAGAGACAGUCAGACCCAGAGGCCAAACCCAAAGCUGCAGACGGGCUGGAUCUGUGUGCGAAACAAUGCCAUCCAUCUGUGACAACAGGUCCUUCCAAUUGCCAUGGCCUGCCCACCAACAGUGACAGAAGCAUGGGAAAAGGCCUGGCUAGCCUUCGAAGUGCUACAAAGCAUAAAAAGAAGACACUCUCCAGGGUUGGGGAGUCCAAUAAAAAGCAACACAAAGGAAAAAGGAGUCAAGAGGAGGAGUCUUACAAACUGAACACCAGCCUCAACAGAAAACACUAUUAUGUGAAUAACAGUAUGAGCUGGUCAGAUGCACAGUUGUACUGCAAGAAUAACUAUGAUGACCUGUCCACCGUAAGCAAUGAAGAACUGCAACUAUUCUCUGAUAAUCCGCAGCUCACUGAGGAUUUUUAUUGGAUUGGACUCAGGAGAAAUAGUUGGUGGUGGUCGUGGACAUGGACCGGAGGUGAGGUUGCGAAUGAUAUCAAGUGGGACAAUAACCAACCAAAUUAUGAUGAUGAAUAUUGUUGUGCUGUCAAAAGGUCCUCUUCUAAAAUUCAUGAUGCUUAUUGUGAUUGGCCUAUACCAUUUUAUUGUAUGGAGGACUCGGAGCUGACUGUGGUGCCGCAGGAAAGCACAUGGGAAGAGGCCCUGCUAUACUGCAGACAAAACUACAAAGAUCUGGCCAUACUGAACUCAGAUGAGCUCAUGACAGAGGCAAGAGAUAAGAACAGAGCAGCCCUGACUGAUGAUGUGUGGAUUGGUCUGCGCUUUAUCGCCGGGCACUGGUUUUGGGCAAAUGGAGAAGCUUUUGAAUAUAAGGUCUGGUCUUCAGUUGGAGAGCUCCAGUGCCCUGCCAUAAAUCAGCGCUGUGCAGUUCUGAACCGUAAUAGUAUGGUUUGGGAACCUGUGGACUGUGAGCAGAGAUUCAACUUUCUCUGUGCCAAUAAACCAUGAAAUGAAAUAUCUGAUUUAUUUAUGAUGACA